CGUUCACUCUCGGAAACGUAUGGAAUAUGAACACAAAGAAAUGCAAAUUCUGUAAUUUGCUUUAGUGUUCAUUUGACUCUUGUGAACGGAACGUCUUUUUAACGUGAUUUAAGCCAAAUAAAAAAUAAAAUUGAAAUGCCUCGUCCAAGAAAUGAACUUUUGCGACAAAUGUUAGGAAAAAACGAAUUAAAUCAAGUUAUUUGCAAUUAUGGCGGAUGUAUAAAAAAGGUAUUAAGUGGACAUUCCGCCAAUAUACAACGACAUUUGCGCCUAAUGCAUCCAGUCAUAUACAACUCGUAUCUAGAACAGAAGAACGCGAGCAAAUAUAACGAUAACAUAACAAAAAGUGCCGAACCACCACACGAAGUGCGGCAAAAGUGUGCACCCAAAAAAUCGAAUAUUGAACUGGCGAUAGUGGAGUUUUUUACAAAAUGUGAACGACCGCUAAGCAUGCUGGAGGAUCGUGCCUUCAAAGUGCUAGCCGAACCGGCUUUCACUACGCUGAGCGUGAGUGUGAAUCGAAACAGUGUACUGGAAUUGAUAAGCAGUUAUGCGCAAAAAUUGCGAGCAGAAAUAAGUGAUGAUUUAAGUGGAAGUUUAUUUUCAUUGAAAAUCGAUAUGGCAACUAAAGAAGAUAUUACACUGCUCGGCAUUAAUGUGCAAUACAUUAAAGGGAGAAGCAUACAAAUCAAAUCGUUGGCCAUAAAGGAGCUACAGAGGGGAUAUACAAGUGAAUAUUUGAAAACGCUAAUAAUGGAAGUUUUAAACGAAUAUUCGAUUAAUAUACAAGAGAUCUUAACGAUAACAACAAGCAAUGAUAACACCAUAUUAGAUGCCGUUAAAAAGUUAAAUGACGAUUUUCGUAUUGCUUUAGGCGUUGACGAGAACGUUAACCAUAAAACGAUUAAAAACGAAAGCGGUUUCGAUAGCAGUUUCCAAGAAUGGUUGGAGGAAACGGAUUUUGCCUCAUACAAAAUAACCAGUGUACUGAGUGGCACGCAAAUACUAGAACUUUGUGUUCAUGCCAUUUUACAAAAUCCAGAAAUUAAGAAAAAUCUAGAUAAAUGUGGCACAUUAUUGAAAGAGCUGGGCACACACGAUGCUUGGCAUAUUAAUGGAGCUGCCAAUUGUGAAAAUAAACAAAACGAUUGUGUCGUAAAUUGGACCACUAUGUAUGAGACGCUGAUAAAAUUACCCGAUAUGAUACCGAAAAAUAGUAAUUUAUAUCUAAAUACCGAGGAAUGGAGCUUUGUUAGUGAAUUCUUAGCAGUUCUAAAACCAAUGUAUAAAGCAACACAGAAAUUACAAACCGAUAAAUUAUGUUAUAGUGAACUAUAUAUUGUUAUUAUGAACACAGUAUUUGACUUGGAAAAUUUAUCCAACAAUAAAAUGGCGAAAUCACUUAUUGAUAUUUUAAAUAACCAAAAAACUAAAUUACUUGAAACGGAGUUGUUCAAUACGGCCGUAUUUUUGGAUCCACGCAUACGAGUUUGCCUGGACGCGACGCAGAAAUCGCGUGCCAAACAAUAUAUAACGACGCUAUAUAAUCGCGUAAGCACAUUGAAAUGUGAAACGACUAAUUCGGAAACGAAUGACAGUCCAAUGGUCGAAGUGACAAACCGCGCAGAGGAACGACCGACGUCAAGCCAUAAUGCCAAAACGUUUUGUGAAUUUUUACAAAAUUUAGAUAGCGACCCUUCACCAACGUCUGUUUCGUAUUUAGAUGCCGAAAUUACACUGUACGAGCGUCAACCCAGACUACCGUUGGAUGCGAAUAUAAUUGAUUUUUGGUUUUAUCAACAUAAUAACUUAACGGAUAUAGCAUAUCUGAUAUUGGCGAUACCAUGUGCCGAAGUCAGUACCGAACGUUUGUCUGCAGCCUUUCAAUAUAUUUUCGAUGACAAACAAAAUCGUUUGAGUGCUGCUAAUGUAGAUAAUAUAUUGGUUGUUAAGGUAAAUGGUGUGUUUAAUUAUGACGACUGACUUAUAACUUGUAAAUAUAAUAUAAUAUUAAUAUUAAAAUUCGAUAUAGUAUUUAGUUUAUAAAAUGAAAUAAAAAAUAUUUUUUACAAUUUAACAAUGCAUGAUCGACUUUCACCUGUCAAUAAAAUAUCAAAUUUAUGCCAGAGAUUUUUGUGAGUUUUCACAACAUAAUAUUGUGUAAGAAAAGGUAGAAAAUACUGCCUAUGAGCACAGCACAAAAACUGUGAAACAUUGUGAACAUGGGGAUGCGUUUAGGCCUCAGAAGUUAGUUCGUUAUUUUAGAUAAAAGAAAAAAAUGUGUGCUCCAGACUACCUUAAUUUACCUUGGUGAUGCUAACAUAUUCCUAGGGAAAUGGUCUUGAAAUGGGAGUUCAUGUUGAUAAUGAUACCAAGAAUGCCUCAAAACUUGUUAAGAAAUCGUUAUAGGACUAAUGUAAAGUCGAAAACUUACAAACAAAGGUAGAGAAAUAAAAAAUCCACUCAUAUUUGUUUUGGAUUAACAAUACAUGGAUCUCAAAAUACCAGACACAAUUUGAGCUUAAUAACUUGUGAACGAUAGAAUGAAAUGUCAUGAAAUUUUGACAGUAUUCUUCUUAAGGUUAGUACUAAAAGCCAAGCAUAAAGAGUUUUUAGUGAUCUCACGGACAAGGCAAAGACUUUUAAUGAGCUAACAAUCUUUAUAUUGAUACAUCUCUGUGUAAUCAUCCAACUAUUCUAAUUUAAACAUUCUUUUAAGCAGUAUUCGGGUACCCAAAACUUGAAGAAUGAUGAAUCGAUUAAACAACCAGUAUACACACGAACCGAUUUUCUUUACAAAAAUUGGCACGUAAGCUUGAAAUGUACUAAAUCACCAAUAAUUAACAGCAGCAAAAUUGUUACUUUUUUUUGUAAAUAAUAGCUGUGCCACUUGCUUACUAUAUACUUUUUUUUUAUUUGUCAGUAAUUGUUACUGCUUAAGUACUUGCAGUAAACGUUAUUUUUGUAAUAGUUCUACACAUUUUUUCGCCCAUUUAACCACUCGUUCGUACCGGUUUCUCCAUCACGUUCAUUUUGUUAUAUUUUAAUCCUAUUAGUUCGCUCAGUGCCUGCGCUGAUUGUUUGGGCUCUGGCUGACAUCAGUAACCGGUGCGGCGGCUAAGAGUAAGAGACUCUAAUUUGCAGUUGUUACUCAAGUUCUUCGCUGUGUUUUGCGCUUCUUUUUACUUAAUCGCUGUUGCUGACUAAAUUAUUUAAGCUCCACUCCAUGCUGCAGCGGUCUGUCGCUCGUGUCAGCGCGGUUCACUGUGACACGACAACUUUGUUUUUGAAUUAUUGUAUGUAGAACUGGAAUAGCAUGUGAUUUGCACGGUUUUCAUUUCCUCUCAGAAGUAUUUAAGUUUCUCAAUAACAUAUAAUACUACAAUAUAUAGACGUACUAGCUUCAUUCGAACACAUGUUGGUUUCUCUUUAUAGCUAAUUCUUUAAGUGUUGUAAAUCUUAUUUUUGAGUUCAUUUUCAUUAUUUUUUCCAUUAUGGUUGCCAAUUACGUUUAGUUUCGCCUUAGUUCGUCUAUAUUUAUUCCUUCAAUGAACGUUUUUCUUUUUUCUUCGUAUUUCCUAUUUAUGAAGGAGCGACUAAGUUCUCAGUCGAAGUUUUGAUGAUAUAGUAACGCUUAAAUCAGGCCUCGGAUAAUAACAUUCCAUUCUGUGACCCUUUUAGUGAGACAAUUUGCAAGUGAUCGCGAGAGUGAGAGAAAGAGAGAUUCGGCCGCAUUAAAAUCGGGCUCCGUUCCGGUUAUGUAGAUCCAGCUGUUUUCGAAAGCAUCUAACUACCCGAUGGAAAUAUAUUUAAUUAUAACUUCAGCAUGCUUCUUUCUUAUAUUUAUGCUCAACAAAUAAGUCUCUGGAUUGGAAACAGUUUUGAAACAAUAAGGACUCUGAACAGAACAAUGUUUAGGAACAUUACGCACUCUCAAACUCUAAAAUUGAUCGACGAGGAGCGAGCAUAGUUGAAAGAUUUCUAUAAUUUUAUGCUCUUUUUUUAGCGAAUUUGGUACUACUUAUAAUAUAUCAAAGUAUAUCCAAUCAACACUCUGGAAAAUCGCAAAAGUACUAACUACAAUAAUUUCGUAACCUAUCUUGAAUUUUCUUUCAGUACUUUUUAUCAUGUACCUGUAUUUAUAAAGUCCAGCGAUUCGAUAUCUCUCCAUCUGCCAGCACCCGUUUCUUCUUGUUCCACAAAACUUUUACCCAUUACCUUAUGGUUUUAAGUCUACUUAAUGACUUAUAUGCACUUGUGAAUUUCAAAAAAUGAAAACAAUCCGACAAUUAGUUUCGGAGUUAUGCAUGAGCGCAUUUGGAAGUUGAAUUUAGUAAAAUCGACUCGAAAAACGUGGCAUUUUUCCUGACUUUCAAGUGGGUGUAAUCCCUUAACUCCAUCUUGUACUGAUAGAGUACGAGUUAUUGUUGGAGAUUUGUGAGAUGUAAGAUGCGAUUAAUAAUAAGUAAUCUGAGAUCUGCACUAAAAUUACAUUAAGAGGAUCCUUUGACCAUCUUAUAUAUACAACUUUUGCGUAUCAGUUCACCAGUUUACGACCUAGCCGCAGGUAGACUAUAAAACUACUGUCUUCAGUGCAAAAUACUGGGUUAGAUUUGAGAAUGUUGCAUGGGUAGAUUGCAAAUCAAUCGAUUUUCAUUCAUAAUUCUCAGAGAAUCACUUGUUUAGAGUCUACAACAGUAAAAAAAUGUUACACUCAAAUUUUCAAAACCCUUAGCCCACGAACUCAUCUACCCACCUUAGCAUAUGUACUUGUUGUUCAAAUAUCGGGGGGUAGCAAACAAAAAGCUUAAUACUUUAGUUGAUUAUAUUUUGUUGUGCUUCUGGCUUGCCAUUCGGUCUUUAUUGUUCAGAGGUUACGAGCAACUGGCGCGCGCGCGUACUAAGCUUCAGCUAAAAGAAGUCCAAACUUAAUAACAGCAAAACACAUAUUGCUUGCGAGUGUGGAAAAGUCUGUUAGCGUGAAUGUAUAAAUGACUGACGAUAUCUCCCAACAACCAACGGAGACGGGAAAUUGUGGGACGAAAUACUAUCUUCAUACUUAUUUCCAAGUUUUAAUAACUUUCCGUCUAAGCAUGCCACUAGGUAUUGUACGUAAGCUUGAUUUUCACAAUUUCUUGGUGUAAGAAAAUAGCUUUAACAAAUACAACAAUUAUUUAGCAAUCGUGAUGUAAUCAAUUAGUAGAGUGCCAGUUGGUCUGCUGGUCGGGCACACAACAACGUUGAACCGUUUCGCAGCGCUUCAUUUGGGUUUGUGUUCAUACCCGGCAUUCACGUUGCAUUCAUUGUGGGUACUAUUUAACAUAAAUAAACAAUUAGGUAUUCGAGAAUAGGUAUCUACAUGGGUGUGUAUGCAUGUGUAACUGUUUUCAUUUUUAGAAUAUAACAGAACUGCUGGCGAUGAGAUAAUUGCUUACAUAAAUAUAUGAUUUAUGACAUUUGCUUGCGAUUUUGAUAUUUAUACACUUAAAAAUAUAAAUAUUGCAAGGUUUUCAGUAGCUAUAAGACUGCACGCAGUUUUUCUACUUCAUUUUUAAACUUCGCUUUUCCAUUUCUAAUACUCGGCACGAGACCUUUACGCAUACAUAUGUAUAUGGAGAGUAAACGCUUUUAAGGGACUCUAAUAUUUCCUAACCUUUCCCCGAAGUUUCUAAGGUUUCAAGUCACACUAACAUCGAGAUCCCUUGCAAAAGUCACAGAUUCGUUGAGACUGAGUUUUUAGUGGUUAUUAUAUUCUACUAAUUGGCAAAACAAAGUACUUAGCCGAAGAAACAGUUAACUUUUCAAGUAAAGCCUAUUUUGCUAUACAUCAGAAGAAGCAACAAAGUAAUCUAUAAUCAUUCUAAAAAUAUUUCAUAUGACAAGCUCUGCAGAAUGAUAAAACAUGUGACACAUUAGGAAUUUUUAACUUAGAGUAGGAAAACCAGAAAAUAAAACAAGAUAAUUACGGAUUUUGAGUUGUGAUGACUAAGCGCGUAAGCUCGUACUACAUACAAAUAUUUGCCAAUUGCAAUUAACACAGAUUUUCUGAAGCAUUUCCAAAAGCAAAAAAAAAACAAAAACAAAUAUACCGCUAAUCAUUGCUAUUACAUGUGGUCUUUCUUACUAGAGUAAAGUAAAUACAGACAUACAUACAUAUGUACAUAUGUUUUGAAUGAGUUGCAGCAGCAACCGCAGCUUGAACACCUACCUCGGCUUUCCACCUUGGUGCCGUAUUUUUUAAUGCACAAAAUUCCAUUGUGUGCGUUUUUUAUCACCGUUAUGCGAUUAGUUAUUUGUCUGCGAUAAAUAUGAGAGACAGGCAUGACAGUCUGUACAAACAUACACAUGUACAUGUGUACACAACUCACGAGCUGUAAUCAUCAGACCAGUAGAUGCAGUCGCGUCAAAUAAUAAUUCACACGUAACUAAUUGAAUUAAUAGAAGAAUAAAAGAAAAUUAAAAAAAGAAGAAAAAAUCACGCUACAGGAAAACACAUACAUAUACGUACAAACGUGGCUUCGCAUAUUUACUUCUCAAAAUCGAGGACUGAGCUACGGUGCGCCGCCAUCAGCAAACACGAAGCUUUUAUUAAAUAAAUUAGUCGUAAAGGAAGCAUUAAAACACUAAUAAUAAUAGCAAUAAUAAUAAAAUACCAAAUAAUGCCAGCGAAUUGAAAAUGUGUGUUGAAAAAAAACGGUUUUUUUUCUGACUUUUCGUGUGGAAAAGAUUUACUACUGAACUGAAUGUGCAAUGAUGGUAUAAGAAACGAAAAACAAAUGGCUAAAUAACGUUGCAACAGGUGGGUAGAUUUGAAAAAAGGCGAAAGUGAGACAAGUUUAAUGAAAAACAGUGAAAUGGAAAAGUGAUUGAUCAAAAAAUCAAAAAAAACAAAAACAAUUAAUAUUGGCAGAUAAGAAAAAUAAAGAAAAAUGUCUGUAAUUGAUAGAAGAACAUUUAUCCAUACACUAAGUGGAAUUGUUCAAAAAGAAAACCCAUUAUAGCAGACUCGCUCCUUCAAUAUGACAAGAACAAGGCUAUAAUUUUUCAAAUAAAGCUGUAAAAUAAACUUUAAGUAUAUUUUAACCUAUUUGAAGAUAGAAACCCGAAACUAUGAACAGUAGGAACAGCUUUUGUUAUAUUUUAACGGAAUUAACUGUUAGGCACUAUUUAGAAAUUUAUGGGUCUUCCAAAUCUACCAUUGACAAUGGUAUUCAUCAAUCAUGAACUCUUAGAAAAGGAUUUUGCAUUACCAACUCAAACGUUAUGCUUUUUAAACGCUUCCGCCGAAGCUUUUAUUCAACAAUUUGAGAAAUGACACAAAACUCCGACUUGUUCGAGAAAUUUGAAGCACGUAUUCCUUAAUCUUUGAUGGAGUAAAUACAAAUCAACCCUCUUUUUAAACCCAGUAAUAAUUAUAAAUCUGGAAUCAUGUAAUAUAAAUCAAUUUAAAUUUUUGUAAAUUUAAAGAAGUUUUGUCUGUUGUGUUCCAAGGAAUGAAAUCUUUUUAUAAUAUAUUCUGGAAUAUAAUACCAGAAAAGCGAAAUUCGAUUUGCGCAUUAAAAGUGUUUCUUUGAAAAUACGACUUGAAGAACGAAGGUUCAAAACCUCUCUGAAGAUGAAACAAAAGUUUUAGAUAAAGUAUAUUUCUAAUAAUAGUCGUCUCUCGGCAAUCGAUAUCAAAUUUUCUUACGAAGUUCUGACAUGAAAGAGCAACUCAUACAAACCUUUCCGUCGUUUUGAGGGAAACUGAAACAAGUAGAAUCUACAUUUGUCAGUUAACUCCAAGUACCAGUAAUACCACAUAAGAAGCUGGACCACAGACAAUAUAGAAUUUAAAGUAAUAUUUCAAAGAAUAUAUGUGGUAUGAAAACAAAGCAGAGAUACUCGAGUAAUUUAAAACUAACUUUAUCAUAAAAGACAAAUCCAGUUGCGCUCACACAAAUCAAUAUAUUAUAUGAACCAUAAGCCACAAGUACCAUUAUUAUUAUUAUUAAAAAUUCAAUGAAGUAUAUAAAUUGAAAGAUUAAUAACAAAAAAUUCAGAGAAAUGAUCUUAAAUCAAUUAAAAAACACUCAUCAAGCGAAUGGAUGUUGUGGGCACUACAAAAAAGAAAAAAAAAAUAUUUUUAUACUAAAGCAAACAAUACAAUGGAGGAGAACUCAACAGCUGGUCCAAAAGACAAACAAAUAUCGAAGCGAAAAAAUCAAAUAAAUGUCUUGAAAGACAAACACACAAAACUUUACGGUGGGCAUAAGACAAGCUGGAAGAAUUUAUAAUUUGCAAACAAAAUUUUUGACCAAAUGCAAAAUUUCGGAGCAACUUGAAAGCAAGUACAAAAACAACACAGCCAUUAAUAAUUAUAAUAAAAGAGAAACGCCAGAGGAUGCGGACGGUGUUUGGGCAAAGGCCGAAGAGUGAUACGUUACGAAUGGCACGAAAUAAAUUGGUCAAGUGUGCAUGCGAUUUGCUUAUAUACGUUAUAUUGUUUAUGGGGUACCUCAGACUGAUAUAGCAGUUUACUGUAAAUAAAAGAAUUUAUAUUUAAAGCUACAA